AUCGUUUCCUUCAUUUUUUUACUCUUUUCUAUGUUUUAGCCGACACUCUCUUUCUCCAUUACUGCUCUCUCCGAAGCUUCCAAUCCCUCGCUCCUCCUUUAAUGGGGAUGCCUCCAGCCACCGAGGCUCCCAACAACUCUUCCUCCUCCUCUUCUUCUCCUCCGUCCGCCGCGUCUCCGUGCUGCUCUCUCAUGUUCUGCAACUCGCCUGAUAACCUUUAAAACACUCUUCCGACCGCCAGAACAAGAAAAAGAUACUGCAAUGGUGUACAAGAACAGAGCUUUUUCUCGAUUUCCAUCGCGUUUGUUACUGAGUGAAUUGGUUUUGCUCGCUUCGAUCUUUGCUCUGCCUCUAGUUCAAUGCAUCACUGAUUUUUCUGAUGUUCAAGCCCUUCAAGUUAUGUAUACUUCAUUGAACAGCUCUUCACAGCUAACUAAUUGGAAAAGUAUUGGAGGCGAUCCGUGUGGAGAAUCAUGGAAAGGGGUUACAUGCCAGGGUUCAGCUGUUGUUUCCAUUGAUCUUUCUGGAUUAUGACUUACUGGGGACCAUGGGGUAGUUCCUCUCAGGUCUUGUGUCAUUAGAAACACUGUAAGAUAGUAUAUUCUUUCUUCUUGAUCAUUUAUUUCAGCCCAACCAUUUUAAGCAACUGAAGUUAUUAUUUGUAUAUUGAUUUCUUAAUUUGUUUAAUCUGUGUUUUGCAAGUGAUCUGAGUGACAACAACAUCCAUGAUACCAUCCCAUAUCAAUUACCUCCGAAUCUUACAAGCCUGUAAUGUUCACUAGUUCCUCCUUUGUUCCUAUUGGAAUUGGAAAUGUAGUUUAAUUUCUUGUGAUGACAAUUUCCAUUCAUUUAUGGCACAGAAUGAAAAUUAGAUAUAUAUAUAUUUCAUGGAAAUGUAGUUUUUGAUUCGUGGGGUGAAGGCAAGUAUGAAGAUGCCAUCAAAUUGUUUUCUUUUUAUGAACCUACCAAAUUGUUACAGGAAAUACUUCAGCUGACAGUAGAGAAGCAUAAAUAGUGAAAGGUCUU